AUGUUCUCUUCCGCGACCCGCACAGCUCUCCCGCGCACCGCGACUCGCGCUUUCUCCGCCUCGGCGCGCGCAAAAGCCGAGACGCUCGUCUUCCUCGAGACCAAGGGCGACUCGCUCGUCCCGUCGGCGGCGAACGCCAUCACGGCCGCCAAGAAGGUCGGCGGGAAGGUGACGGGGUUGAUCAUCGGCAAGGACGAGGCUAGCGUCAAGCCGGCCGUCGACCGGGCAAAGAAGAUGGGCCUCGACGCCCUACUCGUCCGCACUUCUCCCGCCCUCGAACACGCCCUCGCCGAGCCAACCGCGCCCGUCUUUGCCGAGCUCGUCAAGAAGGGCGGCUACACGCACUUUGCGGCGGGACACUCGGCGCUCGGGAAGAACUUGUUCCCUCGGGUGGCGGGCUUGUUGGAGGUUCAGCAGAUCUCGGACGUCAUGUCGAUCCAGGACGAGAACACCUUUACGCGCCCGGUCUACGCCGGCAACGCCAUCUCGACCGUCAAGUCGACCGACUCGAUCAAGCUCUUCACCGUCCGUGCGUCGACGUGGGAGCCGGCGCAGGAGGGAGACAAGGAGGCUGAGGUUGAUGUCAAGGAGGCGGAGAAUGUUGGGCCUGAGUGGGUCUCGGAGGAGCUCGUCAAGUCGGAGCGACCGGACCUCGCGACCGCACCGACGGUCGUCUCGGGCGGACGCGGCGUCAAGUCCAAGGAAGCCUUCGACGAGACGAUCAUCCCCCUCGCGGACGCAUUGGGCGCAGCGAUCGGCGCCUCGCGCGCGGCUGUCGACUCGGGCUACGCGGACAACUCGCUCCAGGUUGGACAGACGGGCAAGGUUAUUGCGCCGAACCUGUAUGUUGCGGUUGGCAUUUCGGGUGCGAUCCAGCACUUGGCGGGAAUGAAGGACUCGAAGACGAUUGUUGCCAUCAACAAGGACGCCGACGCACCCAUCUUCCAAGUCGCAGACAUCGGUCUCGUCGCCGACCUCUUCGAAGCCGUCCCCGAGCUCGUCAAGAAGGUCGAGGAGGCGAAGAAGUAG